UAAAGUAGCCUGCCUGGCCGCUUUUUUGCAGACUUGCCCAAGACACUUCGGGGUCUCAUACGUCGUUCUUUUUUUUUUUCCAUCUAGCCUUCUACCAUGCAGUCCUUUGUUCGAGUUCUCGCCCUCGCCGCUGCGGCGCUUCCAUUCCUUGGGCAAGCUGCGCCCGUUGAUCCAGUGUCCACCCAGACGAUUCCUGGAAAAUGGAUCGUUCAAUUGAAGCCCGAAGCCGAUGUCGCAACCGUCGCAUCCCACAUGAUCAAUGUGCGCGAGAUUCACCGUCGCAACCUCGCUCGAAGUGAAAUCCACACUCUGUCCGCAGGCAUUGAGCGCGAAUUCGGGUUUGGGAUGUUCAAAGGAUACGCUGGGGCUUUCGAUGAUGCAACCGUCGACGAACUCAGGAACAUGCCCGAGGUCAUGACUGUCGAGGAAGAUUACGAGAUGACUUUGUACGGAGAAUUCGUCACUCAAACAGACUCUACCUGGGGUCUCGCUAGCAUCUCCUCUCGCACGGGCAACGCCACCAGCUACGUCUACGACUCGAGCGCGGGCACCGGAACGUUCAACUACGUCGUUGACACGGGCGUACGCCUCACUCAUAAUGAAUUCAAUGGCCGUGCAGUGUGGGGAUACAAUUCUGUCAACAACAUUUCGGUCGACAACAAUGGUCAUGGAACACACGUUGCUGGAACCAUGGCUGGCAUCACUUACGGAGUCGCCAAAAACUCCACGGUGGUUGCCGUGAAGGUCUUCGAGGGUAGCAGUGGAACAGCAUCCCAAGUCAUUGACGGAUUCAACUGGGCCGUAAACGACAUCGUCACCAAGAACCGCACUUCUACCGCUGUCAUCAACAUGUCUCUUGGAGGAAGAGCCAGUGCAACUUGGGACGCCGCCAUGACCGCCGCCUGGAACCAAGGUGUCCUCGCCGUCGUUGCAGCUGGUAAUCAGAACAGCGACGCAUCCGAAUCAUCUCCCGCCCGCUCCCCCGAAGCUCUCACCGUUGGCGGUGUUCAGCAGAGCGAUUUCCUCAACGACGGCCCUCAAGGUUCAAACUAUGGUCCUGUUGUCGACAUCUUCGCUGCUGGAACUGGAGUUCUCUCUGCGGGCUACACAUCGGAUAGUGCUUCUCAGUCGGCUUCAGGAACCUCCAUGGCAUGCCCGCACGUUGGUGGUCUCGUUUCCUACCUUCGUGGUCUCGAGGGACCGUCCAGCGCAGAAGCCAUCAAGGCCCGUGUGCUUGAGCUGGCUACACCUGGCCGUGUCAAGGAUCCUAAGGGCUCCGCCAAUCUUUUGGCAUUCAACGGAGCCGAUGUGAAGAGAAGGAGACAUGUGAUGAGAGUGUAA